AUGCAGCUCCCAGUGUCAUCGCGUAUGUACCUGCAGCGCAAGCAGGUCGACGACGUUAUGGGCGGCGAAGAUAGUUGGAAAAAUGUGGACAGCACAGAAGUUACGUGCCCCAAGUGUGACAAUGACCGUGCCUACUUCAUGCAGCUGCAGAUUCGAUCUGCUGAUGAGCCAAUGACCACCUUUUACAAAUGCACGCGCACCGAAUGUGGCCACCAGUGGCGCGAAAAUUGA